AUGGAUCAUAUUCUUAAACUUGAUGACCUUCUACAUGAAUCUUCCUCAGAUGAUGAGUUGGAAAUAAUUUCAGCUUUUGCUAUUGCAAAAGAAAGGUUGGAGAACGAAAGGGGAUCAAUAUCACGUCGUGUUUAUCCUCCAAGGAAAUUUCGAAGGAGGUUUCGAAUGCGCCGUGAACUUUUUCUUCGCAUUCAUGACGCAAUAGUAGAUCAUGAACCAUAUUUUGUCCAAAGAAGAAAUGCUGCUGGAAAGCUUGGGCACUCUUCCCUACAAAAGAUGAUUGCCGCAAUUAAGAUGCUUGCUUAUGGAGUAACGGCAGAUUUUAUGGACGAAUAUUUACGUAUUGGAGAAGCUACUGUAAUGGAUAGUUUUAAACUAUUUGUUAAAGCGGUGAUUUCUAUUUUUUCCGUCCAGUACUUGAGGUCACCAAACGAGGAUGACGUUGCUAGAUUGCUAGCAAUUGGCGAAAGCCGUGGAUUUCCAGGGAUGUUGGGGCGCAUCGAUUGCAUGCAUUGGAAGUGGAAGAAUUGUCCAAAUGCUUGGAAAGGUAUGUAUUUUGGUCAUGUUCAUGAACCAACCAUUAUUUUAGAAGCUGUGGCAUCCUACGAUCUUUGGAUUUGGCAUGCGUUUUUUGGGUUACCAGGGUCUCACAAUGACAUCAAUGUGUUAGACCGGUCUUCUGUAUUUACUAAUCUAGCUGCAGGACGUGCACCUCCAGUCAACUACUCAGUCAGUGGUCACAACUAUACAAUGGGAUACUAUCUCGCCGAUGGUAUAUAUCCUUCAUGGGCAACAUUCGUAAAAACAAUUCAUGCUCCACAAGGAAAUAAGAGAAAAAAUUUUGCUGCAGCUUAA